UCUGAGCUGAGAAAGAGCUUAGAGAGCCCAAGCGACACAAGCGCUAGUGCAGACAGCUGAUAGACAACACGUUGCUGCGCUAUAUAUCCAAAUACGUUUUGACACAUUAAAUAAAUGUGACAAGUGAAUUCAAAACAACAACAACAGAAACAAAACAACAAAUUGGAGCGAGAUCUGGUUGGAUGAAAAAGUGAAAAUUCAGAAUUUGAAUUUUCUGUUAGGGAAUGAACUGAAAGGGACAUUUUGAAUCUCAAUCAUUUUCAUUUGAGACCAAGUGGAUUCUUUCUGCCUCUUUGGACAAACUAAAAGGAGAAGAGGGGAAACAAGAAGAACAAGGAUUCAGAAACAGUGAGGAGAUCGACCAAAGAGGAGAGUCUGACAACGCAGCAUCUUCACGCUCGUCGUCCCAGAGGGGCUCGCUGCUGAUCUCUCCUGCAUACUUCUCUCUUCUCUCCGAGCACACUCCAGAGAGAUGGCUGCAGCCAAGACAGAGAUGCUUCUGCCUCUGCAGAUCUCAGACCCCCUGAGCUUCCCUCACUCCCCCAUGGAUAACUACCCCAAGCUGGAGGAGAUGAUCAUGCUCAACUCUGCAGGGACUCCUUUCCUCAAUGCUUCGGCGCCUGAAGGAACAGGCUUCGGCUCUGGGGACCCAGGGGAGCAGUUUGAUCACCUUACCGGAGAUACGCUUGCAGAAAUUUCCAUCGAUAAACCUUUGACAGAUCAAGGCUACCCAACACAAAGGCUGCCCCCCAUCUCUUACACCGGCCGUUUCACCCUCGAACCUGCCAUCAACUGCAGCAACAGUCUGUGGGCUGAGCCUCUGUUUAACCUGGUGAAUGGGCUGGUGGGCAUCAACACAUCCUCCAUUCCAUCUUCAUCGUCCUCUCAGGCAACACCGGCAUCUUCCUCUUCUUCGUCUUCCGUCGCCACCUCCUCGUCCACGUCCAGUGCCAGCCUGAGCUGCUCCGUCCAUCAGAGCGAGCCCAACCCCAUCUACUCGGCAGCACCCACCUACUCCAGCGCCAGCCCAGACAUCUUCCCUGAGUCCAGUGCAAACUUUUCCACAGCGGUGGGCACUUCGCUACAGUACUCUCAUUCAAACUACUCGAACGGCAAGACCAGCUUCCCCGUGCCGAUGAUACCAGACUAUCUGUUUCCCCAGCAGCAAAGUGAUAUCAGCUUGGUGGCCCCAGACCAGAAGCCCUUCCAGACGCAAACAGGUCAACAGCCAUCUCUGACACCGUUGUCCACCAUCAAGGCCUUUGCUAACCAGGCUCCAGACCUGAAAAGCGUCUACCAGUCUCAGCUCAUCAAGCCCAGUCGCAUGCGCAAGUACCCCAACCGGCCCAGCAAGACCCCCCCACACGAGCGCCCGUACGCGUGUCCCGUGGAGACCUGCGAUCGGCGCUUCUCCCGUUCGGAUGAGCUGACGCGUCACAUCCGCAUCCACACGGGUCAGAAGCCCUUCCAGUGCCGCAUCUGCAUGCGCAACUUCAGCCGCAGCGACCACCUGACGACCCACAUCCGCACGCACACCGGCGAGAAGCCUUUCGCCUGCGAGAUCUGCGGCCGCAAGUUCGCCCGCAGCGACGAGCGCAAGCGCCACACUAAGAUCCACCUGCGGCAAAAAGACAAAAAGGCGGAGAAAGGCGCCGUGGCUGUCCAAAACUCCAACGUUGCCAUUUCAGCUUCCUCUCCCAUGUCCAGUUAUCCCUCUCCCAUCACAUCCUACCCCUCCCCGGUGUCCUCCUUCCCAUCUCCCGUGAAUUCUUGCUACUCCUCACCCGUCCACACCUCCUACCCCUCCCCUUCCAUCGCAACCACCUACCCCUCCACAACCAGCACCUUCCAGACACAGAUGGCCACCUCCUUCCCUUCCUCGGUGGUCAGCAACAUCUACAGCUCUCCCGUCACCACCCCGCUGCCCGACAUGCAAGCUUCUCUGUCCCCACGGACAGCAGACAUCUGCUGAGACUUCCACCAACCUGCUUCAGUGACUUUUUAUCUCCCCUCUGCAGGAAGCACUUUUCUGUCCAUGCUCCCAACAUGGUCCAGUUACAAAGCAGUCAAAGACUCGGUAAAGACAAAAGGGAUUUUUAUGCCGUUCUCCCCAUUCAAAUCCUGUCCUUUCAAACGAGGCGUACGAGACUUUCGAAUGACAAACAAAAGCAACAGGCUUCGGCACGUUCUUCUUCUUCUUAAAGACUGUGCAUGCACAGACAUACGUGCAACGCAAAAUGACAUUAAUGGUGCAAUCGAAGCCUGUGGGCUCCAGAAGCUUGACUCGACAGGUGUACAGUUACAAAAGACAUUUGAAUAAUAUACAUAAGCUACAGUAUAUUGUACAUGUGCCAUGUUUCCUUUCCAUGUUUUUACUUUUUAGUACCAUUGUUGUGAAAAUUGAUUUGAAUAUUUGCAUUGUAUUAUUCGAAAUUGAGCAGGGCCAUAUUUCAUAAGUAACAUUCUGUAUUAUGUAGUAAAAAUGCUGUGAUAAGUUCUUGACCUUGUUUGACUAGAAGCACUUAAGUACUCUGACGCAUGUGGAAGCGUGAUGUUAGUUUCUGUUAUUUUUUGUAAAUAUCAUCCACUGGUACUAUAUUUCUCAAAUGUGACAACAAAUAUCUGCUAAACGGAGGGGGAAACAUCAGAAAAGAUUCAACCACAGAUUUCUUUGGUGCCUUUUGUGAAGCCUUGCAGAUGUUUUUUGACAGGUAUCAGCGUGUGGAUGCUUUGCAUCUAGCCUUAAGGUGGAAGGGAUUUCUUUUUUGUUUUUGUUCUUCUUUUUUCUAUAUUCAGAAAGUCAUUUCAAGGAUGGAAGGGAAUGGAUGUUAUAGGGCACUGCAUUUCUUUGGGAUGUAAGCAAAAAAGACAACUAUAAACUAUAUUUUUGUAAUGAAAUGUACAUACAUCUUGAGGAGUUGGAAUGCUGUAGUUACCUACUGAGUAGGCAUGGGAUUUUUGUAUGUUAUUUACAUGCGGUCCAUUAUUUUGUUGUUAUUUUUAUUUUGUACUUGUGUUUGUUCGAAAAAGUGACUGUUUAUGGCUUCUAAACACAUUGAAUGCGCUUACUGCCAACGGGAUAUUUGGUGUACAAGAUAUCCUUCGAGAACAGAAAUAUAAAUAAAACAUAAAUAUAUAAAUAUA